CCUCUUCCCGAGUUUCAGUUGGAAUUUGGCCAGCACCCUAUCUCAAGAUGCCGGAACCUUUAGAUAACACCUUCCAUCAUCGAUCAAGAUGUGUACCUUUGGUAAUUGGUACACAGCUUGAAAUUGACACCUUGGCAACAAACGGGUCCCGCAUUCUUGCAGCUACGCAAGAUAUGAUAGCCAAAAAUGAGGAAAUGUUGCAAAACUGCACAAGCGGAAAUCGUGGUCAGGAAGUCGUAGUUGUGGAAAAUAUAAACGAAAUACAUUGCUCCACUCGUAAUGCACUUCCACAGAGUGAAGAAGAGGGCAAAACGUUAUUGCAAAAUUCACACGACUUAUCCAUCCAUAGUAUCAAAUCUGUUGAUGAAGAUGUCUCAGAAGAUGAUAGCAUUUGCCUGGCAAAGGAAGACGCAGAUGAAUUAGAAGAAAUUCGGAGUAAACUAGCUGAAACCGGGAAGUUAACUAAAAUUUGGGAAAUACGGCGCAGGAACGAGGAAAGACAUCUAAGUUUACUAGCCUCCAACCACCAAAAUUCAAUCUGGGAUAAGAUAUGCACUCUACAGAGUUGGCGAGGCUGUAUUUGGAUCAGAUUUGUGGCGUUAUUUGUAUCUAUUUUGGCUGGGAUUACCAUGGCCUUAUGGUCAUUUAGCGAUAUAGUUAAUGAUGAGAAGCUGGUUAACUCGCACGACUAUCACGUCGCCACGACCCGACCCAACAGCACGUUGAUGCAACAAUUACCAGCUUCGACACGGAUCGCCGACAACAAUUCUUUAGCAAUUAUUCCUUCAUUUGGUGAAAAUUGAAAAUAAACGGUUUUAAGAAAGAUAAAAAGUCGUUACUUACAUACGUACAUAUUUAUCUAUGUACUACGCGAAAUCGUAAUGUAUAAAAGCAAUGUAUGAAAAUAAUAUUAUCUCAUUUUUAAUAAAUAUGGGCCUGCAAAAGAAUAAA